AUGAAAUCCGAGUAUGAACCCGUAAGGGCACAGAUAUUCGGUGGAUCUGCUCUUCCCUCUCUUGAGGAAGUGUUUGCUCGUAUUCGUGGUGGUAGAGGAGGUCAGCAUGGUCGUGGUAGUGGUGGUGGACCCAUGUAUGGUCGUGGUGGUGGUGGAAUGUAUAAUCAUGGUGGUGGUCGUGUUAGAGGACGAGACUCAGGGGGAGCCCGUGGUAGGGAACAUGGUAAUACUCAGAGAAGGUGUACUCAUUGUGGUACAGAGAGACAUACAAUCAACUUUUUCUACGAUCUCCAUGGCCCACCUUCAACCUGGGCGAAUCGUGUAGCUGUAAAUGGUGGUAGCUCAAGACAAGAAUCUCAAGUCAUUGAUUAG